AUGAUUCCAUUCGAUAUUAUUGCAAAAUCGUUUAAAGUAUGCAAUGAUAAACCUGUGAUCGACGAUUAUAUAUUCCAAUGCCAUUAUAAACUAACCACCAAAAUUUUAUUAACGUUCUGUAUAUUGGUUACAUCAAUCAAUUUAAUAGGAAAUCCAAUCGAAUGCAUAACGAACUCAUCAAAAAAAACAGAAAUGCAAAAAAUUAUAAAUAGUUAUUGCUGGAUGUCGAGCUUAUACACAUAUAAUAAUUUGAAACCAGGAGUCGGUCUACCUAAUAUAAAAAAUAACGAACAAAGUAUUAGAUUCCAUUCAUACUAUAAAUGGGUACCAUUUAUGCUGUUCUUUCAAGCUAUGACAUUUUAUGUGCCUCAUUGGAUAUGGAAAAUAUGGGAAGGAGGAAAAAUACGUAUGAUCACAAAUGGCAUGCGUGGAUUUUGUGUGGGUCCUGCUAACACAAGACGUUUAAAACAAGAUAGAUUGGUGCAAUAUUUGAUCGAGAGCUUUCAUACUCACAGUACCUACGCAUUUGGUUAUAUUUUGUGUGAAAUAAUGAAUAUAUUCAACAUUGGUGUCAACAUUUACAUUACUCAUAAAUUUCUUGGUGAAUCGUUUUUAACUUACGGAAUUGAAGUGUUUAAAUACUAUCAACAUCCUAGCUACUUUAACCCAAUGGAAAUUAUCUUUCCCCGACUUACUAAAUGUAAUUUUUUCAAGUAUGGACCAUCUGGCACUAUUCAAAACAUAGAUGCUAUGUGCAUUCUCGCUCAAAAUAUUUUAAACGAAAAAAUAUACUUAUUAAUAUGGAUUUGGUUCUUAAUACUUGCUAUUAUAUCCAUAAUUGCAUUGGUCUAUAGAAUCGCUAUUAUUACGCAAAUACUUUUGAAGACAACAUUAUUGAUAAACAUGUCCAAAUUCACAAAUAAUAAACGAAUCAUUUCAAUGUUAGUUCGUAAAUUUCAAGUAGGAGAUUAUAUACUCCUUAAUUUGGUUGAGAAGAAUGUACAUUGUAUUCAAUUUAAAGAAAUAGUAGAAGAAAUAUGUACUAAAGUUUGA